AUGAGCUCCGCGCCCGCUCCUCAGAGUAGUCUGCCCGCUGGUUCAGAACAAGCCAGCGCCGGCAUUGCCCAUCCCACGACCACCACCCACGCCGCCAACCCCUCCACUAGCCAGGAUGCCCAGGGAGGACAGUCCACCACCGCCUCCGCCUCCGCCGCCGAACUCGCCAGUACAAAGGUAGCCCUGUAUGGCGCUCUCCGGCGGUUCCCGGACUUCCCCAUCAAGGGCAUCAACUUCAUUGAUAUCAUGCCCCUCUUCCUCGACCCCAAGCUCCAAGAAGGUCUCCUCCACGCGCUCGAGCUCCAGGUCCUCCUGCAGUUUGGCGGCGCCCGUCCCGAUGUCGUUGUCGGCCUAGAUGCCCGAGGCUUCCUGUUCGGUCCCCCGCUGGCCCUGCGCCUCGGCGCCGCAUUCGUCCCCGUCCGGAAGCAGGGCAAGCUGCCCGGCCCGUGCGUCACGGCGGCGUACGAGAAGGAGUACGGCGCCGAUUACUUCCAGAUGCAGGACGGCUCUAUCCGUUCCGGCCAGAAGGUCCUCGUCGUCGAUGACAUCAUUGCUACCGGCGGCUCCGCCUAUGCGGCUGGUCAGCUGGUCAAGCAGCUCGGCGGCGAUCUGAUUGGCUACCUCUUCAUCCUCGAGAUCCCGUUCCUCAAGGGCAGAGACAAGCUGGGCGGCGUGCCCGUUUCGACUCUUCUCGAGGAGGCCGAGUAG